UCAUUCAACGGACGAUAAGUGAGCGGAGAGUUGUUUCCUCGAGUGCCAGAAACCGAGUUCGAGUUUUUAUCAAUUAUUUGAAGAGAAACCCAGACUUGCUUGAGCACAUUUACUUUUAUUCUGUCUGCAUUUUUUUGCACUUAGUUACGUCACGCGCUAGUCGGCAAACCACUCGUGAAUAAGCAAACAGCAAAAAGCUCCCGAGAACAGGUUCCUUGGUCUUCCGGUCGCUGUUUUUCCACCCUCUGUUUUCUACUAUGCAACCAUUGGCUUGCUCGACAGUUCUCGCAGCAGUCGCACGUAACUCCUUUCGCCGUCUAUCCGCAUCCAGGACUAUCUCAACGACAGGAGUAAUGUCACAAAUUAAGGUGGGAGACAAACUGCCCAGUGCAGAACUCUUUGAGGACUCACCGGCAAACAAAAUCAAUGUCGCGGAGCUUGCAUCGAACAAAAAGGUCCUGAUUUUUGGUGUUCCUGGCGCCUACACCCCUGGCUGCUCUAAGACUCAUCUCCCUGGUUACAUCGAAAAGGCUGAGGAAUUAAAAAAAUGCUUGGGAAUUGAUGAAAUCGCUUGUGUGUCCGUCAAUGAUCCAUUCGUCAUGUCAGCAUGGGGGAAGGAACACGGAGCUGGUGGAAAAGUUCGGAUGCUUGCUGAUCCCGCUGCGAAAUUCGCUAAAGCUUUGGAUUUGACAGUCGACUUACCACCGCUGGGCGGAGUACGAUCCAAACGUUUUUCAAUGAUCGUCGAAAACGGUGAAGUCAAGGAAUUGAAUGUGGAACCUGACGGUACUGGAUUGAGCUGCUCACUUGCCGACAGAUGGAAGAAGUAAAUUGACCUCUCAACGUGAAAUCUACUCAAUGUCAAUCGAAUUUUUGUUAUGAAAGAAACUGUUAAAGACAUCGAUCUGUAUCGAUCAAUCAUUUAUGAGGAACUACGUAAUUAGGGUAGUUAUGACUAGGGAGCAUAACUGAGGAUAAAAAUCACAAUUAUAGAGAGGGAAUUCUAUAUCAUAUAAUUAUCUAGCAGAUAUUAACAAUUACUAGCACUUAGUGUUAUUAUAGUGAGAAAUGAGAGGAAGUUUUGAAUUUCCUCUCGCAACCUUCGAGCCUUAUGUACACGCAAUCAAACUGAACAAAAUUUAAGUUUAUCGUUUCAAUAUUAUAACUUUCAAAAUUAUGUUAAUUAGACGUAUACGUAGUCUGACUUCUCAGAAUAAAGUAAUCGAACACUUUCCCGAAACAAAAACAGA